AUGAGAUGUGUGUUCGCGUUAGAAAAUGUACGUGCUAAUACAGAGGAUAUAUGAAACUGCGUACCUGGUAUAGUAUAUCGCUACAGAAUUACGUGAUAUUCAUUUUGCAAUCGAGAUAACAGCUUGAUCAUUCUCAAAGGAAGUCAUCUUUAUAUUCCGCGUCGUGAUUCUACGUUCAGAGACAACGACGAGAGUGUCAUACUUUCCAACUGUACUUUUUCUCAAAGUAACCAUACGUUAUAGCACAAUUUUUACUUCUGGCGACCAAGUAAUCAAUAUGUGAGAAAUUGCUAGUUGCACAUGCACUAUAGGGGGUAAUAAUCGCACACGCCUUCUCUCAAGCACGCGUGAUACACCAAUUCAUAUAUUUUUCAUGUUUGUCAAUUUCUUAUUUGUUUCCGCCGCCGUAUAUCGUUUCCACUGUACGCGGAAAAGUUCGCUUUAAGUAAGAUACGUAUCUAUUAUCAAAGGAUCGAAUGUCUCGAUAGAUCAAAGCGAUGUCACUUCAAGCCACCUUUUCGCUAGGAACCUUUUCUCGCUAAAUUUUCUAGCUGUCGCAUGAUUUAAAGAUCAAGAUCGAGAAAAACGAUCGUCAUGCAUACGACACGAUACACGGAUAUCUCAAUCACAUUGUCGCAGUUUCUAUUAAAACUCGCGGGUGUCUGGAUGACAGUGAAUAACGCCGAAGAACGUCGAAGAAGACUCACCAUGGCGUUUACUGCCGUCAUACAUGUUUACGGAUUAUAUCUAAAUCUCGGCGAUGCUUAUUACACGUGGAACGAUUUGAGCCAUUGUAUCUUCUUGCUCUCCAAUACAUUAUGCAUCGUAUUGGCGAUGUUCAAGCUUUUGAUAUUAAAUUUUCGCAGAACGGAAUUUAAGGAUUUAAUUUUAUUUGCGCAACAAAAUUUUUGGCAUUUCAAGUACGAUCAUGAUGAGAAAAUACUUUUCAUGAAGUGCCGAAAAUUGUGCAAGCUGUGGACCAUAACGGCAUGCUCUUUCACGCAAGCCUCCUUGGCAUUUUACAUAAUUACGCCAAUCUGCGCGAAUAUCGGAAAAAACAAAUCGGAUAGGGUACUUCCGUUCAAAAUGUGGGUCGAUCUGCCGCUAAGCGUGACACCGUAUUACGAAAUGAUGUUCGUUAUUCAGCUAGCGACUGUGCAACAAAUCGGUAUAACGUAUUUGUGCAGCGACAACUUCUUAUGCAUACUGAAUAUGCACGUGAUCUGCCAAUUCCGCAUGCUCCAUAACAGACUUUUGAAUUUUUGGAAGAUCAUCGACCAGCAAACGGAUAAGAUCGAUUACACCGACAAGUGCUACAUAGCGUUGAAAAAAUGCAUUCGGCAGCAUCAGUCGUUGAUCAAAUUCUGCGAGAAGCUCGAGUAUGUUAAUACGUUACCGAUCUUCGGCCACGUAGUGGUCUUCAGCUUGCUAAUGUGCUUCGAUACGUACGAGAUACUUUUGGCAAAUGUAUCCGCUGCUACACGACUGAUCUUCGUGUUCCACAUGGUCGGUAGCUUUAUCCAUAUAAUUUUCUUCACCUACACUUGCCACGGCUUGAUAGAGGAAAGUUCGAAUAUCAGCUUGGCAACGUACUCAGGCUGGUGGACGAUUCUGCCGAUGACCGAAACUGGCAGAAUGUUACGAGAAGACGUAAAGGUGAUGAUAAUGAAAUCGACGCGACCAUGCUAUCUGACCGCCGGUGGAUUUUUUCCUAUAUCUUUGGAAACAUCUACCGCGCUGAUGAGUACUACAAUGUCAUACUUUACGCUCAUGAGGGAAUCGUCUAUGAAAAAUUCAGACACCAUGCAAAUGCAACGAGACUUGGACAUAUCAAUGGUCCUGUCGACGUUUUUCUUGAGAAAUAUCGGUCUAUGGAUAACCGACUAUCCUACGGAAGAACGUCGGAUGAAAAUAAUGAUCAUUUACACAAUAUGGAAUUCUAUAUUUGCCACGAUCGUUAUUACCAGAGAUUUAUACUUCACUGUGUUGUACAGAGGCGAUAUUCUUUACGUUACUACCAACAUAUUAACCGUGACAAUGGGUUUAACCAAGAUAUGUAUCAUAAUGAAGCAUAAAGAGGAAUUUAUGAAACUGAUCGUGUACGUUCAACAAAAUUUUUGGAACGUCAAGUACGAUUUUCGCGAGAAAGAAAUUUUGGAUAAUUGCAAGAAAACUUGCACCUUCUUCGUCUGUUCCGUCACCGUCAUGGGUACAUGCGCUAUACUAGCUUAUCUAACAACGCCGCUUAUCGCAAAUGUUGGAAAAAAUAAAUCCGAAAGAGCAUUUCCUUUCAACAUGUGGAUGAAUUUACCAUUGUCUGUGUCGCCUUAUUACGAAGUGGUAUUUAUUCUACAGACGAUAAGUAUGUAUUACGUAUCGGUAAGCUAUUUUUGCUUCGAUAAUGUUUUCUGCAUCUUGGCCAUACACUUGGCUGGUCAGUUUCGCAUACUUCGAUACAGGUUUACAAAACUAUGUGACAUGGAACGUCCAAUGACGAAGAACGAUAUGAAACCGGCGUUAACAAAGCACGUGCAUGUGUUUUACGAGAAAUUGAAGACAUGCAUUCGACACCAUCAGGCACUCAUCACUUUCUGCGACAGGCUUGAAAACGUGUAUACGAUGUUGAUAUUUGGACAAGUGUUGGUAUUUAGCGUGUUGAUUUGCCUGUUUGCUUAUCAAGGAUUAUUGGCUGGUGCUCCUCUCGCGAGACGCUCCAUCUUCAUCUUUCUUUUAGUCGGCUCAAUGGCUCUAUUGUUUAUGUUCACCUAUAGCUGCGACGGUGUGAUAGAACACAGUGAGAAAGUUGCUAUAGGAGCAUAUUCAGCGCUCUGGACGAUCAUGCCAAUGAACAAAUCCGGGAGGAUGCUUCGAAACGAUCUGAUAAUGGUGAUUGCGCGAUCGAGACGAGUUUGUUGUCUCACCGCGAACAAAUUUUUCCCUGUAUCAUUGGAAACUUACACCACGAUUUUAUCUACCGCAAUAUCAUAUUUCACUUUGUUGAGAAAUCGCGUAGAAGACGAAAUAGUAAAUUGAUUGGUAAAAAUAAAUCUCCAAUCGAUUCAAUAAUUUGUUCGAAGAAAAUUUCCUUCAGAUAUAUAUUGUACUAUUCGGGCGAAUUGUAUAUUUAUAUCUGUUGACAAAAAUAAAUGAAUUUUAGAAAAAUAA